CUACUAAAUUUGUACAGUGCAUUUUCCAGACUUUCUCAGACUUCAAGCUUGCAGCCCGGUGUCAAUCUGGAAUAUUCAAGGUAUCAGGAUCAGACGCAAAAGGAAUUAACGUCAGAAAUUAGUUUUGUAUAUUCGGAGGGAACAGUUUCACCAUGGCAUUUAACAAAUUAAGUAUAGACAAACUUGAUUUAAAGGGAAAACGAGUACUUAUGAGGGUAGAUUUUAAUGUUCCAUUAAAAGAUGGCAAUAUUACCAAUAAUCAGAGAAUUGAAGCAGCUAUACCAACAAUUAAAUAUGCUUUAGACAAUGGUGCUAAGUCUGUAGUAUUAAUGAGCCAUCUUGGACGUCCUGAUGGUCGUCCUAAUGCUAAAUUCACAUUAAAACCAGUAUCUGUUGUACUUGAGAAACUUCUAAAAAGGCCAGUUAUGUUCUUAAAAGAUUGUGUUGGAGCUGAAGUUGAAGGAGCAUGUGCUAACCCAGAACCAGGAACUGUUAUUUUACUGGAAAAUCUACGUUUUCAUCUUGAAGAGGAAGGAAAAGGCCUUGAUAUGCAGGGAAAAAAGGCGAAAGCAUCACUAGAAAAUGUUACCAAAUUCAGAAACUCUCUAUCGAAGUUAGGUGAUGUUUAUGUUAAUGAUGCUUUUGGUACAGCACACAGAGCACAUAGUUCAAUGGUUGGUUGUGAACUAGAACAAAGGGCUUCAGGAUUUUUACUCAAGAAAGAACUGGAAUAUUUUGCCAAGGCUUUAGAUAAUCCAAACAGACCUUUCUUGGCUAUUUUAGGAGGAGCUAAAGUGGCUGAUAAAAUACAGUUAAUAGAGAAUUUAUUAGAUAAGGUCAAUGAAAUGAUUAUUGCUGGUGGAAUGGCUUUUACUUUCUUGAAAGUUCUGGAGGAUAUGGAAAUUGGUACAUCACUGUUUGAUUCUGAUGGAGCUAAGAUAGUCAAAAAGUUGAUGGAAAUAGCUGAAAAGAACAAAGUAACAAUUCAUCUACCUGUAGAUUUUAUAACAGGAGAUAAGUUUAGUGAAGAUGCUACAGUUGAUACUGCUACACUUAUCUCUGGUAUUUCAGCUGGUGAAAUGGGUCUUGAUAUUGGCCUAAAGACAAGAGCUCAGUUUAGUGAAGUUAUAGGUAGAGCUAAAACUAUCGUAUGGAAUGGACCACCUGGUGUGUUUGAAUUUCCCAAUUUCUCUGAUGGUACAAAAGAAAUGAUGAAAGCUGUAGUUGCUGCAACUCAGGAUGGUGCUACAACUAUCAUUGGUGGUGGUGACACAGCUACUUGUGCUGCAAAAUAUAACACAGAGUCUAAAGUUAGUCAUGUAAGCACUGGUGGAGGAGCCAGCUUAGAGUUAUUAGAAGGUAAAACUCUACCAGGUGUAGCAGCUCUGUCUAAUGCAGCCUGAAUAUUAGCAUCUCAUCUCUAAUUCCCUUUCAUACAUGGUUUUCUCCCUUUAUACAUGUACAAUGAAUGAAACAAAAUAUUGGGAUAUAAUAAUUUCCUUUGUUUGGCAUCCUUUUACCCACUGAAUAAAGCAAUUCAUUGCUAAUGCUAUUCUUCUUUCAAUCUUUUAUACAAAAAGUAUUUGAUAAACCUUAUUCUACACCACCUUUCUUUUUUUAUUGGAUCCUUCAGAACAUAAUCAGUCUGGAAAAUUCUUGUUCAUGUUUCUGCUAAGCUAAGGAACAUAACUUAAAGGACAGGAAGCUGUUCACAAUUGUUUUAGUGUCUUUAUACUUGAUAAAGACACAAAAUACUGUAAAUAUAUCUGAUAAUUUUCAGUAAAGUUCAAUCCAAUUCUUUACCUUAAGAUUGUUGUUACUUUAAAUCCUGUUUGUCAAGGUGGUUUUGUUUUCAACCAAUGAAACCAUUAUCUUAAUUAGGUUUUAAAGGGACAGAUGUGCCACUUUGGGGGAUUGAUUUUAGUCUUAAAUAUAAGUAAAUAGUCUUCAGAAGUACUAGAAAUGUAUGAAAAUUGUAGGAAUUUUACUCACUAUUUCUAUAUAUGUCUUUUCUAUAUAUCACAGUCACGAGUCGUCAUUUUAACAUUCAACAGCACAUGGAUUUGAAAGCUCAAAUUUCUGUUGUGAAGUGUGAACACUAUUACUGAUUAGCUUAGCUAAAAAAAUUCCAGUUUCUGAGACUAAAGUAUGAUUGGUCAAAAAAAUGGCAUCUGUCCCUUUAAGAACAAAUUAUUUGAUUGUCUGAACAAAUAAAACACAUUGUAAUGGAAUGUUUGAGAUUUAAAUUUUUAAUAAAACGAAACUUUGUGGUUGAUAUUUAAAAUGAUUUUUGAUAAUAUUGAAAAGACAAAAACUGAUGGGUUUCAAUUUUUUAUUUUGUUUUAAAAUGAUAUUCACAUUUCAUAUACUUUUGUAGUUGGGAAUUUUUGAUUGGGCACAAAAAUUGAAUUCCACAAACAAUAACAAUUUCACAAUAUCUUAAGUAGUAUAUCAGGAAAUAUAAAUUAGCAUUAAAUACACUAGUUUAUUAAGUGUAGUUUGUUCAAUAUUUCUUAAACAAUUUAUCGUCAUUUAUAUGUGAAGUUUUUAUAACAAUUUUAAUGAAUGUCUAUGACGAUCUACCUAAAACCAAUAGAAUUGUAAACCACAAUAAGUAUUAUGCUAUAUAUAUAUGGAUUGCCUUAAGCACUAGAAAAUAUAUAUGACAAAUUUCUCUAUUCAUGUAUGUCUACUAUUUCUACUGUACCGUUGUCUGUGGCUCAUUGAAAUUACAAUAAGACUAUCAUCUGGCAAAUAAAACAUUAAAGCAAGAAAACCAUUUGUCAAAUCCUAGGAUGAGAAAAAUUGCUAUUUUCCUCUGAAAGCCUUGAGCUACUUUCUAUUGUCUUUCCUCCUCUAAAGAUCUCGUGUACAUUACUAACCUGUGGUAGUGUUAGAUUUGACAGUGUUUUAGGUAGAUAAAAUAACUAACAACUUCUUGUGUGGAAGUCUAAGUUUUGUUUGUUGAGACUUGUAUAUUGUACAGUUUAACUGACCAAAAUAUUAAAUAUGGUGUCUUCU